AUGGCCACCAAUUCACAUCAUCAUCAUCCACUACAACAACAGGAACAACCAUUUGUCGUACUUCAGACUUGUACAUCUAGUCAAUAUCAAUAUGAUCGACCAACAACUGGUGUAUCUCCUCCUCCUCCACAUUAUCAAACGUUAGCUGGCACAUCUUAUCAACAAUAUUAUCAAACUUUAGCUGUUCAACCACAAGGUGCUCCAUCUCCGCCACUUCCAUUUUUUGGACCUGAACAACAACAGUCAGUUCGACCGGCAAAAGAUAGUCCUCCACCAGCACCAUCAAGCGUUCAAUAA